AUGUCUUCAAGCAAUUAUUCACAUUCAGCAAGCGAUCAAAGCGAUCAUACUCACACUGGUAAUCAUACCGAUACCAAUUCCAAUACAGAUUCAUCUCACACAACCUCAAAUGCCUUACCAUCCGAUAGAGAUCUCUUAUACAUGUCUCUCAACGGCCAGAGAGCUGUUCUCAACAAUUUAAGAGAUAAGGUUUCCCAAGGUUUUCAAUUUUCCGACCGAGAACAAGAGGUUAAAACCCAGAUCGAAAGUCUAAACUCGGUAAAAGCAGCGGAAAGAUCUGAAGAGCUAGAGAGGCAGAUCGAUCAGGGGGAAUGGGAUUAUCCAGAUUCCGAUAGGGGUCUAUCUCCCAUGUCUAGCGUUAGCGGAUUUGGAGAGGCUGGCGAGGAUGAGAAUGAGAAUACGGAUAAAUGA